CUUUCUAUAUAUGCAACGUCAAUUGUUACAUGUUGUCUAUGUUACACCCAACUAAGGAGAAAAGAUAUCCAGAAGGAUACACGGCUGCAAUUAGGCUGCGACAAGGAUACUUAAGAGUACGAUGCCCAUCGUACUCUCUGGUGACUGGAAUGGAAGUAAACGAGGCCAUGUGUUCAAAUUCCUUAGAUCACAGGGUUUUGAAUCAACAUAUGAUACUGCUCAUCAAUAUACCGAUGCGGAUGCUCACAAGUGGGUUAGCCACCGCAAUCAUAGGGGAGACAUCUGCGGUGUUGACUUCAUUUGGCUUUGUAAUCCCAAUAAGUCACGAAAACCACUAAAGACUAGUUGGUGCGAAGCUGUUUUUGGAAUAUUACGGCUUCGAAAAGCUUCGAUGGCUGAAAAUGAUGCAUUUGCCUUUCUGAAGGGUGAUGGUCGUGGUGAUUUUAUUACGUCGUCAGCUAUCUGUGAAGCACUACAACAGGUUAAUUUAAUUGGUCAUCCUAGGGGACUAGGUUUCCAGGAGACAAGGGAUCUCUGGAUCCAGGCAGACGCCGAUGCAAAUGGUGUUCUUGAUUACAAAGAAUUUAAGAAUAGAAUUUUGGGCUUGACAGCGUCAGAGGAUAAGGAAAGUCUCAACGGUAGUAGAGAGGAGUCCAAACGGGGCACGCAGGACGCCCUCGGAUUCAACGUGAAGAAUGCAGUUCUAUACCCCCGUGAGGCGGAGAAGGGAAUAUGGCCCGAAGAUUAUACUCUCUCUGAUCACGCUCCACUCUCGGUUGUACUUUCACCAGAAAGGAUGUGGUGUUGUAAGUCAUAACGGAGAGGAUAUGCAGAAUCUGUAGGAAAUGUGUAUAGCCAACAGAGGAAAAGUCCCUUCUGUGGUGCGAGUGUUUGAGAAAAAGAAAGAAAAGAGCAAUAUAGGGUGUAGAGGUUUUUUCUGGUUGAUAUUCUUCAUUCUUUUUACUGUUUCUCACUAGCCUUGGCCAAAUUAUUUUUUAUCUUUUGGGGAAGGAGGGGGGAGGAUCAUACUUGAUGAGUUAUUGAUUUGUAUGGAUUUGUCUCACUUCUUGUUGCUUUGCAAUUGCAAGCCUUGUCAGGUGGGCUCACAAUCAUAUCAAAUUGCAAGUUAUUGUUUGCUUC